CAUUUGGUUUUAAUGCUGUAUGGUAUUGUCAAGCAGAGAUCGACCUCGUCAGGCAAAGGUGUGGAAAAAGGCAAGUGUUGGUUAUUAGAAACACGUACUGAACCUGUUGCUGUGUCGUGUGGAUAAUUAUCCGUGAUAUUUUAAGGAAUCGAAGUAAUUUAGUAAAUAGUACAAUACAAUAUUUCAGUACAAAUAUGGUAUAUAUUUUAAUUAUCUUAAUGUUAACUCAGAACAUCUAUACAAUUUGUGCUGAUAUUCGCGUGAAAACAGGGCAGCAAAUUGUUGCUAACUUAUUUGAAGGGUAUUCCCCUGUUGUCAAACCACGAUUGAAUCUCUCGGAACCUGUUGAUAUCAAUCUAACAUUACAUUUUACGUCAUUGAGGGAAAUUGACGAACGACUACAGACGAUGACAUUUAUUGGUUGGAUAGAGCUGUCAUGGAUCGACGAGUUUCUAAUAUUAAAAGAUGGAGUGAAGAGUGUACAGCUUCCAAAAAGUACGAUUUGGUACCCGGAUGUAGCUCUAUUUAACUCCAUUGACGAUCCUCUACACAUCAGUGAUGGUGAGCAUAUUGUGCUUCUAGAAGAUGGACGAGUUGUGUGGUUUCCUGGGCGACAAUACAGUGUGAUCUGUCGUAUCGAUAUCAGGCGGUUUCCUUUCGAUACACAGAAAUGUCAGAUUCGUCUAGGCUCUUGGCAGACGCCUGUGUGGGUGCAACGGAUCGUGGACACCGGGGAUAGUCUUAGUGAUUUAGGAUAUGAGGAAAAUGGGGAAUGGGAGAUUAUAGACAGGAUAACACAGCCAGAAUACAAUAGCAACUUCAGGAUUUCCUAUGUUAUAUACGAGAUCCAUUUUCGUCGACUUUGUUUGUAUCCUGUCAUCAACACGCUUCUUCCGGUUAUCCUUCUCUCCUUCCUGAAUACUCUAGUGUUCCUUCUCCCUGCCAACUCGGGAGAGAAGAUGACCAUGUGUAUAUCGGUCCUUCUGUCAUUUACGGUGUUUUUGACCGUGUUUAAUGAUAUGAUGCCGCAAAUAUCGACCACAAUUUCGUAUCUGUCGAUUUACCUAUGUGUACAGCUCGCUAUGAGUGGAUUGGCUGUUAUGGAGUCCAUUUAUAUCUGGCGAGUUAAUUACCGUGAAAAGAACGAAACAAUAGAAAAUGUACAUGCCGGGUCAAAGUAUAACGGUAUAUUGCUGCCGAAUCCAGCAGAAGGUUUCAUGUUCAACACACAAGACAGUUCCCUGGGGGAAGAUUCGAUCGGACAGUUGGAUUGUACUGCUAAUCAUAUUGGAUACAUCAGCAAUAAUAACAUUGACGAUAAAAGAGCUUCACCUAAACGGCUGUCCCUCCCCAGGUUUAAACAGACAUAUUAUAUAACAGCCGAAGGAAGUGGCCGUCACUGUUAACUAAAUUCCAGACGUUUAGAUGUAAUGUGUUUCUGGAUCCACCUUUGUAUCACUUCCUUGUCCACAACCAUCCUUCUCAUUAUGUUCUGGAUAUAAGGUUCAUAGAAAUAGUAAAAUAAGUGAUAUUUAUCAAGAUUAAAAAUCACAAUUCUGUUGCAAUUAAACAGAAGUGACUUGACCAAUUGAUGUUAUGUGUAAUGGCUAUCCAUGGCUUGAUUGUGAUAUUUAAUUUGUUAACUACCUAUUAAUUUCGUCAAAGCAAGCGUAAAACGCAAGUUUCAGGAGAACAAAUAAAGCUCGUGUAAAUCAGACAUAUUGCACAAAAUAACCAUGCUGUUAUGGUAACAGGUAUAUAUAGCAGGUAGUGCGAGCGCAUGUUUGACCAAAUUUUACUUUAAUUGCUAAAAUGUCGACUCUUUUUCUCUUCUGUUAUAGACACUUGUGACCAUAAUGGCAUGGUUAU